CCCCGAGGUAAUCUUGAACGGACGCACUUGCCGAGUGCGCGCUACGGCAUGCCGUUGACACCGCAGUUCACGUGGGAGCAAGAUGCUUCGUCGGUGGCGCUACAUGUACCGCUGAAAGGCGUCAGUCCAAAGGAUGUCGACAUCUACGUUGCGGACCUCGUCGUGAAGAUCAACUUCAAGCCAUACGUGCUACUCGUGGAUCUGCACGCUCGAAUCCAACCCGAGAACGCCACCGUGACGAUCGCAAAUGGCGCCAUCGCGUUGGUCGCACAAAAGCACGAGCCCGGGGUGUGGCAGCAACUGGCGUACGACGGCACCAAGGCGGACCGCCUCGAGCGCCGUAAGAUGUCCAUGGCCCGAAAGGAAGCUUUCGAGCAAAAGCUCAGCGAAGACCGCAAAGAUCUCAAGUACCAAAGCGAAAAGAAGACACUGCGCGACCAAAUGUCGCUGGACGACAUCGAACGCCAACGGCUGGAGGACCUGAAGGCCGACGAAAAGCAGAGCGAAGAGGACGCAAUGUACCAGACAUUUCGAGAGCUCCAGCAACAGAGGCCAUCCCAAAUCCAGCGCAAGAAGCCGCCAGUCAAGUCGCCCAAGGCAACGCCACCGGCGGCUCGUCCGAACGAGCCGCCGAUUCUUGAAAUGACCCCCGACGGCGAGUUCGAGAUCCCCGAGCCCGGCCCAAAAAUUGCCUCCAGCGAUGACGCACCGGACAGGAAGUGGGCGACGUCCGACACAGAAUCCGACGCCGACGACAGCGAUAACCAGGACGACGAGGCGAACCAGCCAUGGAUCGACGACAACGACCGAGAUAUUGAUGAAGGAGUGACGUACUUGCCGCCGCCGCGGCAAACAGACCAAGUGAGCAAGAUCGUGUUCACGCCUCGGGUGUUUCCGACCCCAUCGCGCGAGUCUACUGCGGUGGACGAGGAAAACUGGCUCAUGAAGAACCGAAAACACCUCAAGAGCCACAAGGGAUUGCAUGCGGCAGCGGCGCAAGAUAUCAGCGAAACCGAUCCUGUGUGGUUGAAAGCGCGAGGGGACGACUUUUACCGGCACAAGGACUUUCAAAGUGCCAUCAAUGCGUAUGGCGACGCGCUUGCGAUCGACCCAAGCUUCACCCCGUGCCUGUCCAACCGAGCGGCAUGCUUCCUCCAAGUUGGCGAGUACCAGCUGUGUGCCGACGACUGCACAACAGCCCUCGCUCAGUUGCCGGACCGCGGAGAAACCCCAACGAUGCCAAACAUUCAACUCAAGGUGCGCGUGCUGGUCCGUCGCGGCACGGCAUAUUGUCAGCUCGGGUUGUACAGCCAAGCCAAGGCCGACUACGGGGUCGCGCUGACAUUCCACCCGCAAAGCGAGCCACUGCAACUCGAUUUCGCGCGCAUUGGGCAGCUGGAGGCGUGCGCCGAACAAAAGAAACAGGCUGACGCGUGCUACACGAACCAAGACUUUGUCGCGGCCAGGGAGUUGUAUUCCCAGGCAUUGACGCUCGACCCAACGUUCAUUUCGUGCCUGUCCAACCGAGCGGCAUGCCACUUGGCGCUUCUCGACGCGCCGGCCUGCAUCGUCGACUGCACCCGAGCCCUUGCUAUCUUGGAGGACUCGGUCCCGUCAGCUGUACCAUAUUCAGCGAUUCCAGCGCCAGGGUCAGCGAAGCGGCGCCAGUGGGUGCUCAAGACAUUGGUACGUCGUGGUGCAGCGUACACGAUCGACAAGCAAUGGGCCAAGGCCGAGCAGGACUACCUGGAUGGGCUGAUCUUGGAUCCGGGCAAUGCUCAGUUGACCGACGACCUGGCGCACGUUCGCCGCUUGAAGCGCGAGGCGCCGUAGACCCGUACGAGUCCCGUCGAUUUAACAUGAAUUCAGUCCGUGUGCUGCAGCA